AUGAUUCAAAUAUGUAGACAAUAUUAUCGUGGUAAUACUGCCGAACUCAAGUUAAUCGAUCAAUGUGGAAAAGAAUAUCAACAUACACAUGCAGUUCAUUGGUAUUCGAAAGAAUCAUUUGUUUAUAAAUUAAUAAAUAAAGCAUUAAGAACUGAAGAUAUUGAUCAAUUAUAUACAUUUCCGAAAACAACAAAACCUGCCAAUGUUAUUCCUGUUCUCUUUCAAAUCGAAUGUAAAAUAAAAGAACUCGGUAGAAUUGUUAUUUUUGCUGAUAUUUCUUCAUUCAGUGAUUAUUCAAAUGAACAAGAAGUUCUAUUUGAUUUAAAUGCUUGUUUUCAAUCUAAAUCUAUUGAACCAGAUCGAAACAUUCAUUUAAUUAAAAUGACUGCAUCUUUACAUCAAAGUGAUGUUGAAAAACAUAUCGCCUAUGAUUUUCGUGCAAAUGUUCUUGGUGGUUGUAUUUCUAACCGAAAUUGUUCACUAUCACUGUUAAGGAUUUCAAUUGCUGAUAUUGUUAAUACAAGUCCUGCUGAUCAAAUCUUAGGAAAAUAUGGUACACAAGUAAACGAUGAUGAUGAUGAAGAAGAAAAUAAUGAUGUUGAUGGAGAUAACUGUUCAUCUUCCACGCCUUCGGUGAGCAAAAACCUGGUCAUCGAUGAAUCAUAUGUAGAUGAACAGUCUGAAGAUGAACAUGAAAAAAAAAUAGAAAAAACCUUUGAAGUUACCUAUGAUCGAAUUAAGGAAAAUAUUAUUUGUGAAGAUUUGUCACGAUCGUCAUCUGAUAUACGUGUAAUAAAAUCAAAAGAUAACCGGUUAUCAUCAAAUUUGUCAAACAAUUCAGGUAAAAUUUUUUUCAUCGUCAACAUUAAAUAA